GCCAACAAAGCCUUCUUAGCGCCUUUUCAUCAGCCCCCUCAGACCUCAGCUCUUGCCAGCAGCAGCAUCUUUUCUUAUUUUUGUGGAUAUUUUUUUAAGGAAGAAGAAGAAGAAGGAGAAGGAGACGAGUUAAACGACAUCCUCCGGGAAGAUACCGGCAACGGCCAGAGCAACGGAUUGAUAAAAAAAAUGAAGGAAAUGAAGGACCCAGAAAUCAAGCUUUUUGGGAAAAAGAUUGCCUUGCUGGAGAACGGCAAGCGGAUUCUUGUGGUGGUUCCCGCCGCCGGCGAGGACUCUUCUGGUGCUUCUGGCGGAGAAAACAGCGUCGGGUCGGAUUCUGAUCUGUCUAUGGACAGCAGAAAAGCUGAAGAUGAGAAAGAUCAAGAGAAGCGAGAAACUGCUUCUGAUAAGGAUUGUCCAUCUGGGAAGCUCUGCAGCUCAGAGCCACGAGUAAAGGAUCCAAUUGCAGAAGAAUUACCAAUUCUUAAAAGCUCAUCAGAUUCUGAUGGAAACUCCAACAAUUACUCCACAGAUGAAGACUCUCCAGUAAAACAACGUCCAAAGGCUGAAAAUGAUCAGAGCGAUACUACUGAUUCACAACAGAAAACUCUCAAGAAGCCAGAUAAAAUUCUUCCAUGCCCUCGCUGUAAUAGUAUGGAUACGAAAUUCUGUUACUAUAACAAUUACAACAUUAAUCAGCCUCGCCAUUUCUGCAAGAGCUGCCAGAGAUAUUGGACCGCUGGGGGAACGAUGAGGAAUGUGCCGGUGGGAGCUGGUCGACGUAAAAAUAAGAAUUCUGCCUCACAUUGUCGCCAUAUCACUAUCUCUGAAGCCCUUCAAGCUGCUAGAAUUGAUACUCCAAAUGGAUUUCACCACUUGAACUUUAAACCCAAUGGAACUGUGCUUUCUUUUGGUUCUGACUCCCCGCUUUGUGAUUCCAUGGCUUCAGUUUUGAAUCUAGCAGAGAAGAAGUCACCAAAUGGAAGCCAAAAUGGAUUCUAUAAACUUGAUCAUGGAAUUUCAGUUUCUUUAAAAGGGACGGAAAAUGGUGACGAUUGCUCUAGUGGUUCUUCUGUCACAACAUCGAAUUCAACGGUCGAUGGAGCCAAAAAUGGGCUCCAAGAGCCAGUUAUGCAACAAAUCAAUGGGUUUCCAUCUCCAGUUUCCUGUCUUCCUGGGGUCCCAUGGGCUUUUCCCUGGAGUUCCACUGUUCCUUUGCCAGCCAUUUGUCCCCCGGGGUUUCCCAUGCCAUUUUACCCUACUCCUUUUUGGAACUGCGGGGUGCCCGGUGCCUGGAGUAUUCCAUGGUUACCCCCUGUCUUUCCUACAGGAAACCAAAAAAAUUCAGGCUCUGGUCCUAAUUCACCAACUUUAGGUAAGCACUCUAGAAAUGGUGAGUUGAUUAAACAAAACAAUCCUGAGGGUAAAGAGUCCCAAGAGCAGAAGGCUUCUGAAGGAUCAAUUCUGAUUCCCAAAACUUUGAGGAUUGAUGAUCCUGACGAAGCUGCAAAGAGUUCGAUAUGGACAACCCUUGGAAUUAAUUACGACUCUAUCAGCAGGGGAGGGCUUUUCAAGGCCCUUCAACCAAAGGGUGAUGAAAAGAAACACUUAACAACAGCAUCGCCGGUGUUGCAAGCUAACCCUGCUGCCUUAUCAAGGUCUGUGACCUUCCAAGAGAGUGCCUAAAAUGUGCACUUAUCUCAGGGGCAUCGACAAUCCAAGAAAUCUGAGUGCAGCUCAACUGAAUGACUUGUAAUCGCUUGCCCCCGCUUCAGACUAGUUUUUGCCACUAGUUGAUUUUCCUGCCUCGUGAACAUAUUAGUGUGUUGAGGCAAUUCUGGGAGAAAAUCAGUUCUCCCUUUUUUUUUCUCUUUUUUUUUCCCUUAAUCUUCAGAGCAGGUGCCUCUUUUUUGUACCUGUCUUGUGUGGUUUCAUGUAAAUAUUAUUAUAAAGAAAUACUGACAGAUAGUAGUGUGUGACUGUGAGAGAGUGAUAGAUAUCUAGAUGCACCAACAUCUAAAUGUGGUCUGAUGUAACUACCUAGUUAGUGUGAAAAGCUGCCUUUUUCCAUUCUCCAUCAUGGUAUGAAUAAAAAGCAGAGAAUGUUGUUUUCUUGACUGUA